UUACUUUGGCACUCGUCGCUACUACUCAAGCAGCACCUAUGAAUCUAUCUAGACGUCGUUUUGGAGUAGAACAUACCCCAGAAGCAGAUGCUAGCUUUCAAGAUGUAAAAGAUAUUGCUCAAGGUAGUGAUAAGGAAGCACAAGCUGGUAAUUUAUCAGGUGCAAUGGUAAGAGCUCUUUUGGCAAAAGCACCUGCUUGUGAUCAACAGGAUAGAGCUGACGAAGUAAUUGACUUGGGCAGAGAAUUUGGAGGGGAAAAAGAAAAACAACUUAUUAAAGUUGCACAAACAUACCGUCAACUUGAACGUAAUACUCCAAAAGCCGGUCAACCAUCCGAACUAUAUGGUGAAAAUGUCGCAGAAUCCGAUCCUGUUGGGGGAGUAAAGAUGCCUAAAAUUGAAAAAGUAGAUGGUGGUUUCGAAGUUAAUGGAAAUAAAUUUAUUAAUAUAGAAGCUGCACAAGGCCGUCAAUGUGACAUUCAACAUAAUCUUUGCUUUAACAAAUUCAAUGGUGGUGACAGAAGUUUCUCUGGUGCGGAUUGUGAUAACCAAACUAAUGUUUGUAAAUCUGGUUCUCCU